GAACAGAAUUUCAUCUCGGGAAGGAUGAGCAGCAAGGAGCUGACGGUGGGCCAGUCCAGCCAGUACGUGGGGCCCUACAGGCUGGAGAAGACCCUCGGGAAGGGGCAGACAGGACUGGUGAAGUUGGGUGUCCACUGUAUAACAGGGCAGAAGGUGGCCAUAAAGAUUGUCAACAGAGAGAAACUCUCCGAAUCCGUUCUAAUGAAGGUGGAGAGAGAAAUAGCUAUUCUUAAACUAAUAGAGCACCCUCACGUUCUGAAGCUGCAUGAUGUCUAUGAGAAUAACAAAUACCUGUACCUGGUGCUGGAGCAUGUGUCUGGCGGAGAGUUAUUUGACUACCUGGUGAAGAAGGGCAGGCUGACCCCCAAAGAGGCCAGGAAGUUCUUCAGACAAAUCAUCUCUGCCCUCGACUUCUGCCACAGUCACUCCAUAUGUCAUAGAGACCUGAAGCCAGAGAAUCUUCUCCUGGAUGAGAAGAACAACAUCAGGAUAGCAGACUUCGGCAUGGCCUCCCUACAAGUUGGGGACAGCCUGCUGGAAACCAGUUGUGGAUCCCCACAUUAUGCUUGCCCAGAGGUCAUACGGGGGGAGAAGUACGAUGGCCGCAGGGCAGAUGUUUGGAGUUGUGGAGUCAUCCUCUUCGCUCUUCUUGUGGGUGCCUUGCCCUUUGACCACGACAACCUGCGGCAGCUUCUAGAGAAAGUGAAGAGUGGAGUGUUUCACAUGCCCCACUUUAUACCUCCUGACUGCCAAGCUUUGCUUAAGGGAAUGAUAGAAGUCAACCCUGACAAGAGACUCACGCUAGAAGCAAUACAGAAACACCCCUGGUACCAGGGCGGUCGUAAUGAGCCUUGCCCGGAGCAGCCACCUCCUCGCCGUGUGUGCGUGAAGAGGAUCCUGUCCUUAGCAGAGCUGGACCCUGACGUGCUGGACAGCAUGCACUCUUUAGGCUGCUUCAGAGACCGGGUCAAACUCACACAGGACCUUAGAAGUGAGGAGGAGAACCAGGAGAAGAUGAUCUACUACCUCCUGUUGGACAGGAAGGAGCGAUAUCCCAGCUGUGAGGACGAGGAUCUGCCACCCAGAAAUGACAUUGACCCUCCCAGGAAGCGCGUGGACUCCCCCAUGUUGACGCGUCAUGGCCGCUGUCGUCCAGAGAGGAAGAGCCUGGAGGUCCUCAGUGUCACAGAACAGGGGUCUCCCACCCCACCUCGCAGGGCCCUGGACACUAACGCACACAGCCAAAGGUCCCGUUCAGUCAGCGGAGCGUCCACAGGUCUGUCCUCCAGUCCUCUCAGCAGUCCCAGGGUCACGCCGCAGGGCUCACCACUGCCCACUCCGCUGGGCACGCCCGUGCACCAAAUCCAACACCCCUCCUCCACCACCCCUCCCUCUUCUUCCUCGUCUGGCGGAAUGGCCGCCUCAAGCUCCGCCCACUGGAGAACAAGGCUCAACUCGUUCAAAAACAACCUGCUGGGCUCACCGCGCUUCCAUCGGCGCAAACUGCAAGUCCCUACAUCAGAGGACAUGUCCAGUUUGACUCCAGAGUCCAGUCCAGAACUGGCCAAGCGGUCCUGGUUCGGUAACUUCAUCAGCCUGGAAAGAGAGGAGCAGAUCUUUGUUUUGAUUAGAGACAAGCCGCUCAGCUCUAUCAAGGCUGACAUCGUCCAUGCCUUUCUCUCUAUCCCAUCCCUCAGCCACAGUGUGGUGUCUCAGAACAGUUUCCGGGCAGAGUACAAGUCCUCCGGCGGCCCCUCUGUCUUCCAGAAGCCUGUCAAGUUCCAAGUGGACAUCGCUUUCUCUGAGGGAGAGAGGGAGCGAGAGAGGGAACGAGCAGAGAGGGAAGGAAGAAGAGAGAUGGGCAUCUACAGCGUCACCUUCACUCUAAUAACAGGACCCAGUCGCAGAUUCAAAAGAGUGGUGGAAACCAUUCAGGCGCAGCUCCUGAGUACUCAUGAUCAGCCUUCUGUGCAGGCACUGGCUGAUGAGAAGAACGGUCAGCUUUCCCGCCAGCCCAGCGCGCCUCCGCGCCCGAACUCUCGUCAUUCCGAAAGUGGAUCCGAUCGGGAGCGGGGAGAGAGGGAGCGUGCAGCGGAUGGGGGGAGCGGAAGUGGGAGCAGCGAUAGCACCGUCGUACAAAGGCGAGGGUCAGGGAAAGACAAGACCAGACUCCUCUCGUCGUCCAAUGGGACGCAGUCUCAUCCCUGAAAAGAAUGUUGUGGAAGAGAGGCCUCUCUCUCUUCCUCCCUUCUGUCCUUCCCACAUUGUUUCCUUAUCUGUUUCUUUACUUCCUGCCUUGCUUCCUACCAUUACUCCCUACCAAGGAGGGAGGAGGGGGAAGUUUUUCCUUGAAGCUGAUCUAAGGAUAUGACGGAGAAUUCCCCACAUAUGGCUGAUUUCAUCAGAAAUGAAUAUUUGUGGGGGCGGCGGAGAUGGGUUGAGCUGAUCUCUAGUCAGCCUUCAAGGGCAGCUUCACCCCAGAUGGACGAGUCUAAAGACAGGAUGUCCAAAAUGUCCCACCUUACCAGGGAAGGGAAAAGCAGGAAAAGCUCACAGCCAGGGAGACACAUUGUUCACCCACUCCCACAGAUCAAGAAAGCACAUUACCUUCCCACCGGCCAGUCACCUGCAACACGUGGUUCAACUCCCAACAGGGAACCUCGCAUCAGUCAGUCAAAAUGGUACAGGG